CCUUCCUUUCCUGAUUCCCCCCACCCCCACCUCCUCCUCACCGCCGCUGACUCCCACCGCGACCGCCUCCUGCGCCGCGGUACCGGAGGAGGCCGGCGCCUGGAGGAGGGGACUGGGCUGCAGCCCGCCUUACUGCGCACGCCGCGCGCCGCGGCGGGGGCAUGGUGGUGAGGCGGGAGGAGGGGAGCUUCGCGGGGAGCCGGGGGUGCUAAGGGGGAGGGGGGUGGAUAGGCGCGCGUGGCCCGACGGAUGGCGGCGGAUGAUGCCGCGCGGAGCAGCAGGAGGAUGGAUCUGAACCUCUACCUCGGCCUCCCACGCGCCCCGCGCCUGCGCCGCCCCGAUCUCGGUUCCGACCUCGCGCUCGGCACCCCGAUGCUCUCCUCGUCGCCUUCCUCGUCGGCGGCCUCGGCCGACGCGCCGCCGCUGGAGGCGGAGCCGCUCCACCCGCCGUACUCGCCUUCCCGGACCGAGCUGGUGCGCCCGCCGACCCCUCUGCCCGAGCCGUACGACCCGUCGGCUCCCGAGGCGCAUCCGCCCUACGUGCCGCCUCCCAUGCCGGCCCCGGACGCAAUUCCUGAGCUCGCUGACGACCUUGAGUUCGGCUUCUCUCACCCGCCGCUCCUGCUGCGGCCCAGCGAGCUAAUUGGGUGGGUAGACCGGCCGUCGUCGUCGACGGCCUCCUCUUCCUUCCGCCCGGAGCGUGUAGUCGAACGCUACCAUCCCGUGAUCUGCCUGAAUGGCCGCCAGGGUCGCUGCCUCCGUCCAAGACGGUUCAGGUCAGACCUUCCGCCUCUCGGCUCAGAGGCCCCUGCCCCGGAGAGCGGUGCUGCGGCGCAAGCACCACAAGAGCCUAUGCAUGAUACCGUGGAAGAGAACAAGGUGGUCGCUGAUGGUGCUAUUGUAGGUGCCUCAGAGGAGGAGCCAGCCGAACGUGGCAAGAGCGUUGCAAUGUUUGAGUGCAACAUCUGCUUCGAGAUGGCUUCCGAACCUGUGGUCACUUCCUGCGGACAUCUCUUCUGCUGGCCUUGUUUGUACCAAUGGUUGCAUGUUCACUCAACUCACAAGGAGUGCCCUGUCUGCAAAGGUGAGGUCACUGAAGGGAACAUCACCCCUAUUUACGGGAGAGGGAAUUCGAGUUCUGAUGUGGAGAAGAAAGUUGCCGAGGAUGGAAAUGUAUCAGGCCCUACAAUCCCACCAAGACCACAUGGCAAUCGGCUCGAGAGCUUCCGGCAGAAAUUCCACCAUUUGCGUCCAAUUUCUAGAAGGCUCGGCGAGGCACAUGGGAUAUUGUCUUCUUGGAGGCGCAUUCUUGAUCAGCAGAUUAUGAACAGUGUGAGUAGGUUCGAAGGGCCUCCUGAAUCGACUGUCCAGGAAAUGAUUGAUCAUGCUCAUCAUGCUAGUCGUUUAGGUCGAAUUACAACUAGAAUGAGGGCAAGGAGGUUGCAGAGGGAUGCAGAAAAUUCUACAUUUGUUGCUUCUGCUGCUGCAGAGAGUGUGCUGCCUGGAAACAAUUCAUCAGACCUUCCCAGGCUUAGUUCAAGUCCGUUUUCCUCAGAAAGAAUUGAUUUAUUGCAACACUUUGUUGACCUUGCGGGCACGGAAAGAUUAGCAACUGCUGUGAGUGACCUUAGAAGAAUAGUUAGGCCAAGCCAAUAUGGAGCAUCAACUUCAUCAAAUCCGUCAAAUCCCGAUCUGCCGAUUGAUGGAAGUCAUGUUGCUGCAGCAUUAGCUGCAGAUCAAGCUUCUAAUUCAAGCACCAUGGCUGUAAUUCAGGAGGAUGCUGCUUUUACUGAAAGCACAGGAGAACCAAGUAAUGCAGGCUCUUCAAGGUCCCUAAGGAGGAGGGGAAGAAAUGACGCCUUAGGUUCUUUGGAUGUGGAUGGUGGGGGCCUACAUCGGAACAAGAGAAGGCGACUGAACUGAGACUCUCAGGUUGCUGCACUCGUCCAAUUUUCUUGCUUUGCUGUUCUCAGUUAGCCCUUUGCUCUCAUGGGGGACGUAUCUUCUGGUUGUGAUAUACAAUUCUCUCUUCUGCUUGUUUAUUAGGUGCUACUGAGUUCAUUGCAAAUUUAGUUCCUUCCGAGCCCCGACCUGUUUAAUUUAUACACUGAGGAAACAGAGGGAUUGUAAAUUGUCAUCAGGUGAAUUUACUUGAUUGUAAAUUGCCUGUGCAAAUGUACUAAAUAGAAUUGAUCUUGAAGUCAUAAAUAAUACAUUGACACCUGAAUCCCAUUUGUGGAUA